UGUCGACCAUAUUUGCUUGUGUAUUGGUUGGUAGUGUGUGUUAACUAAUGUUCGAUGAUUGAAACACCGAAUAAUAUACUGAAGCGCCAUCAUCAGAAAGAUCUUCUUGGUGCGACAACCAUUUCAAUCACAUAUUUGGAACUACCGCCCCAACAUCAGCUUUUUGAGAAAGUCAUUGUUUCUAUUUUUUGUUGAACUUACCAGUUACGAUUUAAAUUCAUCAUUAUGGCCGAUUUAGAGGACGCACAUUUCGAGACUGGUGACUCCGGUGCAUCAAGUACUUUCCCAAUGCAAUGUUCAGCAUUGCGAAAAAACGGUUUCGUCAUGUUGAAAGCACGUCCAUGCAAAAUUGUAGAAAUGUCAACAUCAAAAACCGGAAAACACGGACACGCUAAAGUCCAUAUGGUCGGCAUUGACAUCUUCAACGGCAAAAAAUACGAAGAUAUCUGUCCAUCAACUCACAACAUGGACGUCCCACACGUCAAACGUGAAGAUUACCAAUUGACUGACAUCAGCGAUGACGGAUACUUGACUUUGAUGACCGACGGUGGUGAUCUUCGCGAAGAUCUUAAGAUUCCAGAUGGCGAUUUGGGCACCCAAUUGCGUUCUGAUUUCGAUGCUGGCAAAGAAUUGUUGUGCACCGUACUCAAAUCGUGUGGAGAGGAGUGUGUUAUUGCUGUUAAGACAAACACUGCUCUUGAUAAAUAACUGAACGAAUAGAGCCUUCAAUUUCAAGCUCGUCCCGCCACAAUAAAUAAAUUUAUAACAACAAGAAAUUUAUUAAAAAACAAUAAAAAAAACAAAAUUCAAUAAAAUUUAUUGCAUACCAUACACAACAAAACAA